AUGAAGGAUUUGCUUUUAGAUGAUUCACUGUCUACUUUAAUAUUAAAAAAGAGUAAACGAACUUUUAUACGUCGGUCUUCUCAUCAGCGUCAUAUUCCAGCUUUCUUAUAUAAGCUGUACAAUAUGGUAGAAGAUAAUUCAACAAAUCAAUAUAUUCAAUGGUGUAAAGAAGGGACUUCAUUUGUAGUUUACAAUGAUGAAGAAUUUGCUACAAACAUAUUGCCUCACUUUUAUAAACAUAAAACGUUCUCCUCAUUUAUUCGACAACUGAAUAUGUAUAAUUUCCGUAAAAUACCUCGUACCUCACUCUGGCAAUUUGAAAAUCCCUUUUUUAAACGUGGUCAACCUGAUUUACUUGCUUCUAUAACUCGAAAAAGAAAGUCACAACAAACUCCCUUAUUAGGUGGUGAUGAUGAUUUGAAAGGAAUUUUAAAGAAAGAGUUAAAUAAGCUGAAAGAGCAACAGACAAACAUGUUAAACAAGUUGAAGACUCUACAAGGACAACGUCAAAUGGUGUGGAAGGAAAGGAUGAAAGUGUAUGACUAUCAACAAAGACAUCAACAAGUGAUUUCCAAAAUUUUACAAUUCUUAACCACUCUUGUUGUCUUUAGUAAUCAGCAUCACAUAAAAAAUGUAUUAGCAGCAGAUCAUACACAAGCUAUGUUGGGUCAACAGGCUCAUCCAUUUACUAACACUACUACUUCUACUUUGAUGACUGAUAAUGUAACAAUACAGCCUUCUAUAGUCACAAAUGGCUAUUCUUCUUCUUCUUCUUCCUGUUUAGAUACUAUUCUGUAUUAUACAUCACCUCUAAAUCAGUCUUUUAUAAAUGCAGCGAAUACAACUUAUCCUUAA